AGCGCCCUACCAGACAACUAGCAGAAAAUGGCUGAACCAAAGGAUUCGCAUCGUCCAACAGGUGAAUACGAAGGAGGAUAUGCACCAAACGCCAAAGCAGCUCAUCCACGUCCAACAGGGGAAUACGCAGAUGGAUAUACUCCAGAGGACCCCGUCUACGCCCGGGUGUCACGUCCAAAGCAUUCAGUACAACAUCCUUCUAAAGUACAUGGAACGCUGAACACCGUAAUAGGCAAAGUAGAGCAAUCAUUAGGCAAGUUGGUGCAUUCCAAAGACUUGACAGCAAGUGGUGCAAUCCGUGAAGCAUUCGGACAAUCCGAACAGGAGCUUCAAAGGUUGAAGAGCGGUGCUGAGUGUUAACACGUAUGAUUUUCAUGGGAUUGAGAUUAUGCAGAUCGUAGCGCGUAGACAUCGUAGUUUGGAUGCAGUUAGAUAGUCCUUGUAUAUUUCAUCUGUACACCCAUAACACAAGAUCAUACUCCACUACCAAUAUUAGCACCCACCUCCGUACGGCCAACUUUACCCAGCUGCUC